AGCCGGCCCCGCGACCCGCCGGGGUCCUCGCUGCCUAGGAGUCGCUCCGGAUCCGCCUGUUCGCGCGAGAGUGGAGGAGCGGGUUUGGGGUCCGACCCUGGCGUGGGCCGGCGCCGCAGUGAAUCGCAGCCCGGCGCAGGCGCCCCCUUAGGGAGCGGGGAGCUGUUCAGGCGGUCGCCGGGGCACCCCGUGUCUGAAAGCGCCGGAGCCUCUGGAGGAGCCGGGACGGCCCCGCUCCCCGCAGCCGGGCGCUCGAGUCCAGACCUAACGUGAGAGGUCGACCGGCCUGCAGCGCCCGGCCCACGGCGGCGGCCCCGAGAGCAGAGGUGGAGCGACCCCGUUACGUUAGAGAUGAAAGGCUGGGGUUGGCCGGCCCUGCUUCUGGGGGCCCUGCUGGGAGCCGCCUGGGCUCGGACGGCCCAGGAUCUACACUGUGGAGCUUGCAGGGCUCUGGUGGAUGAACUAGAGUGGGAAAUUGCCCAGGUGGAUCCCAAGAAGACCAUUCAGAUGGGCUCUUUCCGAAUCAAUCCGGAUGGCAGCCAGUCAGUGGUGGAGGUGCCUUAUGCUCGCUCAGAGGCCCACCUCACGGAGCUGCUAGAGGAAGUAUGUGACCGGAUGAAGGAGUACGGGGAACAGAUGGACCCUACCACCCACCGCAACAUUUACAUACGUGUAGUGAACCGGAACGGAGAACCCAAAGACCUGAAUCUAGAGGGCAUCCGGAUUGAUUCAGACAUCCGUGGCACCCUCAAGUUUGCGUGUGAGACCAUUGUGGAGGAAUAUGAGGAUGAACUCAUUGAAUUCUUCUCCCGAGAGGCUGACAAUGUGAAAGACAAACUCUGUAGCAAGCGAACAGACUUAUGUGACCAUGCCCUGCACAUACCGCAUGAUGAGCUGUGAAUCACUGAGCCGGCCCAACUGACAAGCUUGAUGGAUCACCCCCAGGAGGGGAAAAGGUGGCAAUGCCGUUUAUAUUAUGUUUAUAAUGAAAUGAACUGGAAAAAUAUGAAACUAAAAGGA